GUGGCAUUGGAGAUGAAGAAAAUGAUUGCAUAUUACCUUGAUCCAAUGGCCUGUCAACCAUGUGAUGAUCUUAAGGACAUAGUUAACAUGGCAAUGAGAAUCAACCCACCGGAAAAACAGAAAACAUCAAAGAGGGAGCCAACUUGGGUGAAAGUGGUUUGCCCAAGACAACCAGGUAGUGUGGAAUGUGGGUAUUACGUGAUGAGAUAUAUGAAGGAAAUCAUUGCUAAUCCAAACCAACUAACAUCAAAGUUUUGCGGGAAGAAAUCAUAUAGUGAAAUGGAAAUUAAUGAAGUUAGAUCAGAUUGGGUUAUGUUAGUGACUCAGUUAAUCAUUACUCAUGUUUGAAGGUACCUCUUAUAACUUAUAGUCUAAUACAACUUCAUAUUCUUUUGAAGAUGUAGUCAAUAUUUUGUUAAUGUUAAUUUUAU